GUGGAACUUUGGUUAAGAUCCGUUAUAUCCGUUACAUGAAAUAGAAUGCCAGUGUGAUCUAUGGUCAAAGGAAAUGCUAUGCAUUGAUUUAUUAAGGUCAGUGGUGGUUUUCGUUCUAUACUUCACUUUAUAACUUUAUAACUGAAAAACAUGUCUUGAGGGUUUCUGCGCUGGAACAGGAAAAUACUUUUUUUCACCUAUGCAUCCACUCUAAAAUGUAAAAGUGGGAUAUUAAUGCAGCACUUACUCCUUUGCUGUAAGUGAAAAAUCAUCUGCGUAAAUAACCUCUGUAGGUAUAGAACAUGGGGAUUUCUCCAGCGGCUCUGCUCUACGUCAUAGCGACCAUCCACCUAGGUGUCUCUCAGCAUUUCUUGCGUCUGCGCCCUUCGCCUAGCGAGCAUCUCCCAGUGACCGGUCUUAAAGAGGACCCUGACCCAAAAUACGACCCGAGGAAACAAGACCUUGCCGAACAGACACUGAGGAGGAAACUCGGGAGCAACUUCGACCCUGUCUUCAUGUCAAUCAACAGCCCCCCUGUUGUGGAGAACCGGACUGUCUUUGACGAACAGCCCAUGCUGAAGGGACCCAUCCCCAACGAAGUGAAACAGCUGAGCGGGGUGACAGUGGCCAAGAAAGCCCGUCAGAAGUUUGAGCAAUGGUUGUGGGCAUACACACACUGCCCUGUUGACUAUGUGUGGAAGGACUUGGGCGUGAGGUUUUGGCCACGUUAUGUCAAGGAGGGGCUGUGCCUGAAUGAGCGCUCUUGUUCGUUACCGGAGGGAAUGUUUUGCAAGCCCGACAAGUCCGUUACCAAGACAUUCCUCCGGUGGUACUGCCAGGGCUUCCUCAAACAGAAAUACUGCACGUGGAUACAGGUCCAAUACCCCAUCAUAUCCGAAUGCAAGUGUUCCUGUGGAGAAUAGACCUAAUGGGCAAAUUUUCUCGGAGUUGACGUUGAACUGUAAAUAAAUGCGCAUCCUGCACAAUCGGAUUGUGUUAGAAAACACAUAUAUUUACAUAUAUUUUCAUAUUUAGGCCUAAACAUUUCGCUUAGGUGUCAAUUUCACUUGGAAUCGGGAAAAGCAACAUAAACGCAUGAACGUCUUGACAGGUUGUGUUGACAUAGUAGACAGGUUAUCGCGUUUUUGUUUUCAAUUAAUCAUGUUGUCAUGGGAUGUUGCGCGUAUCGUGGUAUAGGCUA